UCUAAGAGAGUCAUUCACAUAAUCAAAUUUGCAGUUCUGCCCUAAAUGCAAAUGAGCUGUGCAACAGCAGGCUUCACGGUUUUUUUGGCAUAGACGUGCAGUUUAGCGGUUGUGGCAGGGCUCUUUCUGCGGGGAGGGCUGUUGCUGAAGUUUCUGGGUCACGUCGCAGCAGACCGAGACAAGCAACCAUGACUUCAACAAAUAUGUAUCAGGGGCUUGAUAGUAGUGGCAAACCAAAUUCAAGGAUACUAAGACCUCCAGGUGGAGGGUCAAGCAAUCUCUUCGGUGGUUAUGAAGAAGACCCUGCUGCCUCCAGACGGCAAAACAAAAUGUCCUCUUCUAUUUUUGCACCUCCAGAAGAGACCCGGGGGGGUCCCAGACGCUCCAAUCCCCCAGGUGGAAAGAGCAGUGGGAUAUUUGGGGACCCAGAGGCUUCUUCGACUCGGAACAGGCCUGUUCCCCCUGGUGGAGCCUCCAGUAACAUCUUUGGGGGUGCAGAGUCGACCCCACCUUCUGUGAAAAGUCAGCAUCCCAACAAACCAAAGGACAAUUUAAGUGUGGGUGUACCUGCUACUCCAGAUCCACCAGCCCCAGUGCCUAAGAAAAAGACUGCAGUUGAGGAAGUGAAGGUGGAGCCAGUGACCCCUCAACCAACACCUGAAAAAGAGCCAGCAGCCCCUGCACCUGCAGCCAAUCAGAAUUCUGAGGCAGCAAUGUGGCAACCAACAGGAAAGGACCACGAGCCACGCCUCGGACCCCGCCCUCGCUCUCACAACAAAGUGCUCAACCCACCAGGUGGAAAGUCCAGUGUGGUUUUCUAUUAGCCAUAGCCAUCAUUGUCACUUCCUUUCUUCCAUCUGCUUUUAACCUGUACUAAAAC